GUCACUAUUCAAAUUGCUUUUGCUAACACCACACAAAAAAUGUAUUCAAAGAUUGUUGUCCUGGUAGCGCUAGUGGUCGCCGUGACUGCUGACCACCACGCGUUCUCCUCGCAGCACGUGCACAAACACGACGGACACCACGAGGUCGUGUCGCACGGACACGGGGAUCAUCACCAUCACGACUACUAUACUCAUCCAAAAUACCACUUUGAGUAUAAAGUAGAAGACCCCCACACGGGCGACCACAAGAGCCAGCAUGAGGAGCGCGACGGCGACGUGGUGAAGGGCUACUACGAGCUGAAGGAACCCGAUGGCUCCAUCAGACAUGUACACUAUCAUGCUGACAAGCAUUCAGGUUUCCAUGCUGAUGUGAAGCACAGCACUCACCACAUCGUGCCAAAACAUCAUCUAGUCAACGUGGUGAUGGUGGUGUUGAUCCUGAUGGUGGUGCUGCUGGUGCGGCACGUGGUGUUGGUCGUAAUCUUGGUAGCGGUAGUGGUCGCCGUCUCUGCUGAUCACCACGCGUUCUCCUCGCAACACGUGCACAAACACGACGGACACCACGAGGAAGUGUCUCAUGGACACGGUUACCAUUAUGAUUACUAUACCCAUCCCAAAUACCACUUCGAGUAUAAAAUUGAGGACCACCACACGGGCGACCACAAGAGCCAGCACGAGGAGCGCGACGGCGACGUGGUGAAGGGCUACUACGAGCUGAAGGAGCCUGACGGUCACAUCAGGCACGUGCACUACCACGCCGACAAGCACUCAGGUUUUCACGCAGACGUAAAGCACAGCACCCACCACAUCUAUCACCAUCAUCAUUAG